AUGGGUUGUACAACUACUAAAAUAGCCCCCCAAUCACCUCAACCGAAAGAACAGCAAAGUUAUAACGACGAUGACAUUGACAAUAUACAAGAUGAUUCUGUUUUCUCGCCUAAAAAUAUAGCUGCUGACGAUAAUAUCAUCGCUAACAUUCCUGACAAAAGCGAUCAAAUUCAUAUUCAAGUUGCCGAUUCACAAGCAUUCAACGAUUCAUUUGUUCAACAACGUCAACAAGCUAUUAACAAUCGUUCUUAUCAAACGACUGUUCAAUCAUGGCAACCCAAAUCUCUACAGCAACUUACAGAGCUUAUAGACGCUUUUUCCAAAGGAAAAUCUUUAAUUGAUCGACAUUGGAUUAUUUUCUAUUGGAUUGCAUGUAAUAUCGACUACGAUACAGAAUCCUAUUUUUCAAAGAAUUAUAAAGAUCAAACGGCAGAAGGAGUUUUUCGAUUCAAGAAAGGUGUUUGUGCUGGCUAUGCUAAUCUCUAUAAAUAUCUAUGUGAUCAAUUAGGAGUUCCAUGUGAAAUAAUUAGUGGCUAUGCAAAAGGUUAUGGAUUUGACGAUCGAAAUGGUGCAACACCAAUGGAAACUGAUCAUGCAUGGAAUGCAGUUGAAAUUGAUGAUCAUUGGUAUCUAAUGGAAUCAACAUGA